AUGCCUGUCUGUUUUCUUGGAAUUAGAUUAUCUUCAAUCUCUCUCUCUCUCUCUCUCUCUCUCUCUCAUAUGAAUUAUGAUUUAAAACCAAAUGAUUUAACUGAUGUGGAUAAUCUUCCCCUCACCAUACACAGAAUUGUGGAAACUUUUAAAUUUGCUUUUGCUGAAAGAUCAAGCCUUGGAGAUGAAGAUUUCUGGAAUGUAACAGAAAUUGUAACAAAAUUGACAUCCUUUAACUAUGCUAAAAGUAUCAAACACAAGAUCAAUGAUAAGAAAACCUAUGGCAUUCAGUAUUAUCAUCCGCACUUUGCAAAUACAGAAGACCAUGGCACUGCCCAUAUGAAUGUCCUUGGACCAGAUGGCUCAGCAGUUUCAAUUACUUCAACAUUGAAUCACGCAUUUGGUUCCAAAAUCUGUGGUAGAAAAACUGAUAUUUGCUUCAACAAUGAAAUGGAUGACUUCUCCUCACCUCAUGCAGUCAAUUAUUUUGGACUUCCUCCAUCAGAAGCCAAUUUUAUUAAGCAUGGAAAACGACCUAUGUCUUCAAUGUCUCCUAUUAUUAUAGUCAACCAAAAAGGGGAAGUUUUGGCAGUUUUGGGUGGCUCUGGGGGCACUAAAAUCACCACUGCUGUGGCAUAUGUUGCAGUAAAUUUAUUAUGGCUAGGUAAUAAUGCCAAACAAGCAGUUGAUGCUUUGCGAAUUCAUGAUCAAUUGUUUCCUCCGAGAACUUUAAUUGAACCUCCCUUUCCUCAGAAUGUGGUUGACGAACUGAAGUUGAUGGGACACAAUUUAACUGAAUAUGGCUUUAGAUCAAAAGUCCAUUGUAUACACCGCAAAGACAACUUUGUAUAUGCUAAUGUUGAUUUUAGACGAGGUGGAGAUCCUGCAGGUUUUUAA